CCUCCUGGAUGGAUGAACUAUAAUCCCUUCUGAGGUUAAAUCAAUAAGGGGAUAAUCAAAAUCCAUGCGGAUGCAGAAGGAGCAAAACUGGACUAUCCGAUUUUCUAUUUAGAUUCCCUACCCAAGAGUAGAUCCCUGAGCCAAACUGCAUUCUGAUUUUUGGUGUCUACAUUACUAUUCUUUGGAAACAAAACAUGACAGACAAUCCCGUGCAGGACUCAGGACAGGACUCCUCUGUUGGUGCCCAAACGCCAGAGAUGCCAGAGAAGCCAGACAGCCAUGAGACGUCCGUGGGUCCAGACCAAAGCUGCAUGAUGCCCAACCAGACUUCACUAUUGCAGAAGAGACUCUUUUCCGAGCUGGGCCUCAUCACUUUCAGAAGGCAGCAGCUCCACAGCAGACGGCUCAUGCUGUUGCAGAUGCAGAAGUUAAAGAAGAGGAAACAGACUCAAGGUCCAGAGGACUCCGAGCAGCCUGGUGAACUGGAGCCCAUACAGCAGGAGCUGGAGGAGCUGGUGGAAAGAGAGAAUAAGCUCAUUGAGCUCAUGUCUGCCAUGUCUGGGGGGGUGUACACUUGGCUCCCUUCCAUACAGCAGGACUAUUCUGAGGCAGAAGAACCCUCACCAAUCACAGUGGCGGUGGAGAAGCUCAGCACAGCCCCGGCUGUUGUCCAGUGCCCUUCAUGCAACCUAAUCAUUACUACUGAGACGCUUCGCAAAGUUGGAGGAACCGCCUGGCUGUUGUGCUUCAUGUGCACCUUGUUUGGGUGUUUGGCCGGCUGCUGUCUCAUCCCGUUCUGUGUGAAAAACCUCUGUGACGUUCACCACCACUGCCCCAUGUGUCACGCCCAGAUCCACAUUUUCACAAGGAUCUGAGGACGGGAGAGGCCACACACAAACUACUGGACAAUUGGUUGGUUUUACUGACCACUACAGACUCACACUAUACAAACUGUUACCCAAUAUACAAACUCUUACCCAUACAGACCAUGGUGUUGGCGUGUGGAUGGAUGUAAAUGCAAUUCAGCAGGAAGUGAAAUAGUAUUUUCAGAGGUGUGCUCCUAUGUUAUAGAAAUUGAGGAUUUUGUUAUUGUUUGGAUCAAGUUUCCCAUAAUCCCAUAAUGAUGGAUACCUCCAUCUUUGUUUUGCAUUCUGCGUAGCAUUUGAAUCUUUGACUGCAAACAAAUAAUUUUAACUGUGCUACAUGCUUGGUGAGUCGACCAGAUCAACCCAGGAAACCCUAAAGAUGACCUAUUCAACAUAUAAACGUCUGUUGACAUGUAAUGACUGGUCAAGGGCAAUGGAUAGCUGAAUGUUUGUUGAGACUUGAUGUGAUUCAAUUGUUAUGCCAUUCACAUUGUAGAUGUCCAGUUAUUUAUUUUAUUUAACAACACACGCAAAUAUGUACAGCCAUAACAGGACUAUAGACUGUGACAACUCAUUCUCUCUGUAUGUCGCCAUCUACCUAUCGGAUAUCUGCGUCCUACCCCUAAAUGCACCCAAGAUGCAAAUGUUGCUGACAAUGUUGUUGUGUUUCAUAUUAAUCUGGAACUAAAAACAAGUGAAAGUAGUACUGAUUAAUGCUUCUAAAUAUAAAGAUAAUUCUGUCAAUUCUUACAAAUUAGUUUGCACAAUACACCAAUUUAUUUAUUGACAUGUAGGCAUACAGUACAUAUAUACAUCUUUAGUAUUUACAAAAUGUAACUUGUGGGUGGACUACACAUGUAUAAAAAAUAAGAAUUACAUCUAUAGAAAUAUGUACACAAUGUGCAAAACGUAUGGCAUACUAAUGAUGGAGCAAAUGAGACAGAUGGCAGGGAGAAACAGCGUUGCCACAAUCAUGGAUGGCAGGGAGGAUAGAGGUGAACGGCUGUGGCCUCCAAUAUACAAUACUGUGACUACAACGGCUGGACUUUUUAGUUUAUGAGGAUUGGAAAUACCAGCAUCUUUGACAUAGCUCAGAGAUUAGCUCUCAGAGGUUAGCUUAUUGCUUUACUUACUCUAGCGUAUAAUCAUCGUCAUCAAUAAUCAUUCCCCAUCAAAUAAUCUUUCUCAAUAACCAUUUGUUGUUUCUAGCCAAUUUGUACUAGCCUAACCUGGCUUGAAAACUGUAAAUAUGUUUGGCUAGCUAGCUAGCUAGCCGUUCCCCCUAGCAUGGCUAGCCAAUUACACAACAAAAGUAUAUAUUUUUUUUAGGUCAUUCUGUAGUUACAGCUCUGGAGAUGCAAGUCUACACUUCCCUCCAGUGGAACUCUAGAAUGUGUUCAACAAAGCAACAGUGACAAAUGUCAUAUAAAUAUACAGUUUUACACAAAUAAAAUGAAAUUAUUUCAAUUUACAUUGACAUUUUUGGCCAUUGAUGUCUUGACCACUUAGUCCCAAUGUAUAUGUACGUUUGAUAUCAAGUAAACCAAGAUAUACACUAAAAUCCCUCCUUCAAACUAUUAAAAUUAGGGUAUUUAUUGCACACAAAACAUGAUAAAUAGAAGAAAACGUAUCGAU